CCUCAAAUUUCCGCCAUUUUCAAACUGUUGAGACAGUCGGAAUUUUCACUAACUCCCUCAGCAUGAUGGCGGUAACAGCAAACCACGGCUGUCCUGGCAUAGGCGAGCCCUCCGAACUGGACAAGUUAACCAAUAACCUCCUGCAGGUCCAGGACACCUUCCUCAACCACUGGACGGGGGACCGGCUGCAGGAGUCCCUCCAGGAACACUGGCAAGAGCACCAGCUGGCCGUCCAGCAAGGCAGAGACAAAAUUGCAUCACUUCAAAAGGAACUGAAGGAUUUGGAGCAACAAGAGCUCAGCAAUAAACAAGUGGAAGAGGUCAACAGGAGGAGACUGCAGGAGCUACGAGAGCAGAUCGAAGAGUCGUCGGCCAGAUGCCAAGAACUGCUCUUCGAGAAGGAGCAGAAGGAGAAGGAACUGCAGGCCGAGACGGCAAAGUACAACCAGCAGAGAGAUUUGGUAGAGGCUCAAGAGAAGGCCACCCAAGCCCGACUACGAGAACUGAAUAAGGCAGGGGGACUGUACCGUGACAGGCUGGGUCUGCAGUUCAAGAACAUCGGUGGCGGACAGCUGCAGUUUGCUUUCACCCAGCUCGACCAAAAAGACCACAACAGAGUGUUCCUCUUCACGAUCAAGAUCGAGAACAAUAAAUACAAUCUGACAGACUGCAACCCGACUAUCGAGGGCCUGGACGAAAUGGUGGAAGAGCUGAACAAAUCCAACGACUUGAUGAAGUUUGUCAUCACGACCAGGAGAAAGUUUAAAGGGCUCCUCUGAACCAGUCAAGAAUUUUUAAAGAUGUAAUUAUGUCAUUCCAUCCUGUACAGGUAUAGUGUAGAUACAUGUCCACUUCCUUUUCGUUUAAAUAUCGGGCCGAAGUCAACACAAAAUUAAAUGGUAUCUUUUUUUGGAUGAUAGGAAAGAAUACAUAGGCUUUUAGUUCAUAUACGUGUAUGUAGCUGCUUUGGGAGGUUUUUGGAGUGUUUCCCUUUUUAAUAAACGUGACCAGCAGAUCAAGAAUAUUAAACAGAAAUCUUAAAUGUUUUUAUCAAUUAAAUGUAAAAUCCAUGAAACAGUCGAUAGAUUUUAAACACCAUGAAAUGCAUAUCCCCUCGCAUCUUUCUUCUUUCAGUUUUACAGGCAACAAAUGAAAACUGAAACUAUUAUUCCUCAUAUUAUUUCCUUGUAAUAUUUGUGUUACAAAAUGUGCAGUGUGUGUUUUUGUAGAAUAAAAAAACAUGUAUUCCCGAAUGCUACCGGAGUUUUG